AUGAAGGAAGCAACGCCGCUCGAUGUCGCCCUCCACAACCUGCGGUUGGAACUAGAUCCUGACAGUGGGUACAUUCGAUGGGCGCCUGAUAAUCCAAAGCACCCCAGAAACUGGCCACUGGCGAGGAAGGUAUAUGACAUUGGAAUAAUUAUCCUCCUGGAAUGCUAUACCACUGCAAUAAGUACCUCUGGGUCGGCUGCUGCAAGGUGGUCCCAGGAAAGACUUGAUAUCUCGAUCACACUUGCCCAGUUCAUGUUUGUAUCAACGUAUCUGCUUGGCCAAGCGCUAGGGAAUGUUGUGUUUCCACCAUACUCAGAAUGCUUUGGACGGAAGAAGUUAUACGUCGCAAGCACAGUAGCAUACAGCGGACUGUGUGCGAUGAUAGGUGCUGUGGACUCUCCCGCCGCGGCUGUUGUCGGUCGAUAUUUGACCGGUGUUCUAUCGUCUAUCCCCACUGUUAUUAUUGUUGGGAGUAUGGAGGACAUUUUUAAUGCAAAAGCCCGCAUAUGGACUAUGUUGCCUUAUAUCGGAGUUGCUCAGAUUGGUGUAUCUCUUGGACCCGUCAUGAGUGCAUACAUUACACAGGCAUUUGGCUGGCCUUGGAUCUUCUACAUCGCCGCCAUCGUGACGGCAGCUAUUUCCAUUCUACUUCUGACGAUAAAGGAGUCUCGACCGUCUCUCUUACUUUCCCGAGAGGUUGAGAAUCUUCGAAUUGAAACGGGAAUUGAUUCCCUGCAGGCCCUCAACCAUGACAAACCACCGGACUGGCAGACUUUCGUUUCGAACAAACUUGGGACUGCGCUUGGGAUCAUAUACCUCUUUACCGAGGCUCUGCCGCAUAUCUACGAGGACAUGGGCCUGAACCAGGAGCAGUCAAGUCUUCCAUUCUUCGCACUUGGUUUUGCCUCUAUUUUUAACAUCCCCGGCCGCAUCAUCGAUCAUCAAGCGGCCAAGAAAAAGGAUAAAGGGGAGCAUCUGGCGUCGCCCGAGUACAAGCUCAAGGGGCUGACCUUUGCGGCUCCGGUGCUAGCGCUAGGACUGUGGUGGUUUGCCUGGACAAUUCCCCCAGGGUUCAAACUAGCGAUCGUGUUGAAUGGUUACUUGGCGGAUAGUUAUCUUUCGUAUUCGUCCAGCGUCUUCGCAGCUGUCGGGCUAACGCGGGCCGUGAUGUCUGCUAUGUUUCCGUUAUUUGCGCCUCCUAUGUUUGAAGCCCUGGGUUCGAAUAUUGCUGUCUCUGUCUUAGCGGCCGCAAUGACUGUCUUCAGCUUGUUUCCAUUCUUGUUCCAGCGAUAUGGCGCGUGGCUUCGGGCGCGCAGCAAGUUCGCACAGCACAGUAUUCAAGUGUACAAAGAGAAUACCGUGGAGAAUGAUGGAUCAUAA